CUCGACACUUUUUUUUAUGACGACGAAAGCAGAUAAGCAACUGGAGCUGCUACGCUCCAGUAUUAUGAACAGUAGUGGUGUCGAAGAGAAAGUGGAAGUCAAUCAACGACACUUGAUUGAUAAAAUCUUGGCAAGGUAUUCUGCAGAAUAUGUGCUUUACAGGGAAUUGAUGCAAAAUGCAGAUGAUGCUUCGUCGAGCUCAAUUCAAAUCUAUUUUCACACCAGUUCACCCGAUCCGAGCAAACCUCCAAAUUUACAAUCGAAAUGUAAUCGUAUCGUUUUUAAAAAUAACGGUAUGGCAUUUCGACCCGAAGACUGGACUCGAUUAAAGCGAAUUGCUGAAGGAAAUCCUGAUGAACAAAAGAUUGGUGCUUUUGGUGUCGGUUUUUAUUCACUCUUUUCUGUUUGCGAAAAUCCAUUUGUAUUUUCAGGUGCUCAAUGCAUGGCAUUCUAUUUCAAGGGCGAUCAGUUAUUUGCAAAGCGAGCGGAUAUACCGGUCAAAGACAUUGAUAUAUGGACAUCCUUUUUAAUGGAUUUAAGAGAGCCAAUGGAGAUGCCGGAUUUCGACCAAUUUUGUCGUUUCUUAACCACUAGUAUGGGUUUUACAGCCAACCUAAAGCAAGUGUCAGUCUUCUUUGAUAACCAACCUAUCUUUCAUAUCAACAAAAGUGCAGCAGAACCUCGUCCUAUGGUGAUCGAUGCACGUCGUAUGAUUACUUCCUCCCCUGAACGUAUGUUUACUUUGACAAGUUGCGAUAUGCGUCAAAUCCAAUUAGAAGCGGAAAAAUAUACUCCCCCUACAAUAUUUUCCCCGUUUGCCAAUUUUUUGACAGGCAAAUCCUCCUCCAAUCAACCCACACAAAGAGAGAAAUUACCAAUGGAAAAGGGAUGCAUCUUUUUACGUGUGGUGACGGGACAAUUACAAGUGAACGUCACGCAAGAGUAUGAAAAGGAGAUGGAACGAGCUACCAAAAAGAAGCCACCUAAGACGACCAAGUUCCAAUUAGUGUAUACGGGAAAAGAAGAAUUAGAUGCGUCUGAGAAUACGAACCAGAUCUUUAAGGAUUUAAUCCCUUUUCCUGAACAAGGUCGGAUUUUUAUUGGGUUUCCUACACAUCAAACCACGGGAUGUUGUUGCCACAUGGCUUCUCGAUUUAUCCCCACUGUUGAAAGAGAAAGUAUUGAUUUUGCAGACAGGUAUAUUAGUGUUUGGAAUCGAGAAUUACUGGCAGUUGGUGGUUUAUUAGCCAGAAUGGUUUAUAACGACGAAAUGGAUCAAAUUGGAAGACUAUAUCCUGAGUUAGUCAAUCACGGAGGUCAGGGACAAGAUGAUGCUAAACUCAUGUUUGAAAAGAGAGCUGCCCAUGCACUACAAUCAUUUACAUUUGGUCCUUCUACACCCAGUUCAGUGGUAGGAAAUGUACAUGAACAACGGUUUUUCAAUUCGUGUAAGAGCUAUCUCGAUAUAAUGACCUCGCAUGGUAUUAAACCUGUCAACCGUGCAAGAACCGUGCCUGAUAGAACCAGCGUUACGGGUCAUGUAAUUACUGAAUUAUUGGACACGUUUAUCAAGAAUGUACCUACCCUGACACAUAUCAUGGCACAAGAGUGUAAAGAGAGUUUAGUCAAGUUGGAGAAAUUAAGCAUGUUGGUAGCUUUAGGUAUCAAAGAUGUCUUGGCAGAAUUGGAAACACGAUCUUUGAAACCAGAAGAGAUGGUAGCUUGUAUGAAAUGGUGGAUUGAGUGUAAUAAGGGAAACAAGUGUAUUCCUGCCGCUACAAGAGCAGUUAUUAAUGAGGCCACGCGAGCCGAAUUCUUGGAUGCCGCUGUUAUGGAUUGUGGUGAAGAUAAGGGAUUAUUACAACUUUCACAUACGAGAUGGUGGGUGAAUCCCAAGAUCAUUCCGUUGGAUAUGCCGUUUCCACAUGAUACCAUGCCCUUUUCCAUUUCUAAACACUUUACAACUGCGGAUUUACAGUCUUAUUUCUGUGAUAUGAGUGAGUUGACUGUUUAUAAUUGGGUCAAGUAUAUCGUUGCCACCAAACCUGAAUUAGAAACGUCGAAAGAAUUUGCCGAACAAAUCUUGCGCAUUGUCUCGAAAAAGUUUCAAAAUUUCUCUGGAAAAGGACAGCAAGAAAUUGUCAAUUUAUUGAAAGAAAAAAAGUGUAUUCCAACCAUUGCUGGUAUGACACUUCCUAAACAAGCCUAUUUCACAAGUGUCAAUCUAUUUGAUGAUUUACCCAUCCUCGCUUUCAAUCAGCCCAGAAGUGUUAGUGAAUAUUUUUUAACAGCCCUUGAAGUUCGAAAGCAUGUGGAUUUACAAAUGAUCUUUGAUAGAUUAGUUUCGGAUGGAAGUUGGUCUCAUAUUGACUUGGCUAAAUACCUAGCCUCAGUACAAUCUACACUAACUGAGACCGAGGCACGUCGAUUACGUGAGACAGCCAUUUUUACCAAACAAGGCGAAGAACCCACGCUUAAAGAAAUCGAAAAGAGUACAGGCAAGUUUACGGACGAUGGACAACCCAUCUACGAAAAAGUCACCAAGAAAAUCUACAAGCGGUACCGCGCCGGGGAUUUAUACGCACCUACCAAGAUUGCACAAGACCUGAAAUUACCUUUACUGUACUGGAAUACUCAAUGGAAAUCGGGAAACGAAGAAGCCAAGUUUUUAGUGAAACUUGGGUUGUUGACAUCGCCACCUUUAGCUACCUUAUUAUUACUUGCCGCACCCGAACCUAAUAUGACGGAUGAAAGAAAAACAAUCCAGAAGAUUGCAUUGAGCUGGUUUAUCGAUCAUGCUAAAGAUUAUCCUUAUUAUGAUGUCAAUAAGAUCCAACUCAAAUUCUUACCCUGCUUUGACGGCAAGACAUUUGCUACACCGCGUGAUUGUUUUACCAACUCGGAUGCUCAUGUAUUAGGAUUCCAAGUCUUGCAUGAUGAUUUAGUCUCUGUUCGUGAUAAACUGGGUGUGAAGGAAAAUCCUCCUGCUGAUCGUCUUCUACAGGCAUUUACUGCGUCUACUCCAACCGACCUUACUAUUUGUAAAAAACGACUAGAGUACAUGGCAAGUCGUCUAGGUGACUUUUCAAGCUCUCAAUUAUCUCAUUUAAAGACUGUAUCAUUUAUCCCAGUAAAAGAAAAUGAUGUGCUGACACUCAAGACACCCACCUCAUGUUACUUUGAGUCUGAACACUCUGCCAAUUAUUACAAGGAUCUGUUUACGUAUGUUGACUUUGGCUCACAUGCGAAUUCCUUCUUGAGAUCCUGUGGUGUUAAAGAUGAACCAACUACGGUGGAGCUGGCUGCAAUUAUAGUGAAGGAUCCACAACUUUUUUAUAACAAGAGUAGUGGUGGAGAGAGAUAUCUUAGCGUAUUAAGGCAAAUUGCCGGUCAAAUUUAUGUAAUCAAGUCAAAUCAAAAGCUGUUCCAGGACAUGAAGACAAAGCCCUUUUUAGUGGGUAUCAAACGAACCAUACUAUCUCCCAAGAUUACAGACGAUACAGCCAAUGAGGAACCCAAUGAAGACUUUGUGCAGCAUCGAUUAGCCAAGGCGUCUGAUAUCUUUAUUAGUGAUGACACGAUGGGACAACAAAUAUUUAAUCCGUUGUCCGCUCCCAUGGAGCCUCAGCUGGAAGAAUUUUAUGCGAUGCUAGGAAGUAAAACACUUUCGUCCCAAAUACAUCAAGCGUAUUCUUAUGCCAGUAGUAUGGGUGUUACACCACGCACCAAGGAAAUCACUAAACUCAUUUUCGAACGUACGCCUAUUAUUGUAUACCAAAUGGUGCAUGAUGAUCCAGGUCGUCGUAAAGAGCUUCGUCGUGAUGACAAGUACGUGGAGAAGCAUUUGAAGGUGAUCCAAGUACAUGAUCUCAAGAUGACCCGUACGUUUAAAUAUACCAAAGAAACGGAUAUUCAGCCUACCACAUCCUGUGCUGAUGCACCUAAAUUUACCAUCUAUAUCUCAAGCGCCAAAGAAAUGGAUUAUUAUGACAUUGCCAGCUCCUUGUGUAGUCUGAUGUUUACACGUACACGAACUACAGACGCCAUGGUCUUUGAAAGACAUUUGACAGCAAGCUUACUUAAUUUGAAACGAAAGGGUAUUCCUGUGGAUCGUAUCCUGAAUAGCCGUAAACAUGUCGAAGUGAUACCCACUCCUCCUCCUUCUACAAGUCCUAUUGCGGGUACAUCCUCCACUCCAGCGCCUGUUCCUCAGGUACCCACUAUGUCUGCAAAAGAUGUGGACAAGUAUACACAACAGGUACAAGAUGUAUUCAGGGAUUGUCAAGAAGGAUAUAUUCGACAACUCAUCACACAGCAAACGCAAAACCAUGCACAGAACGUGAUUAACAAGUUGUUGCAUGAAGAUUAUCCUAAAAAUAAGACGAAUGAGAAGCAAGUGAUGGGUUCUGUCACUUCGGAAGAAGAACAAGCGAAAUUGUUAGAACAGCAAAGACAGGAACAAGCCCAAAAGGACAAGGAACGAUCCUCUGGUUUUAUGAAUCGAUUCUGGUCUACGAUCAAAACCACUCCACCACCUACACCACCACCUGUUGAGUUACCUAAGCCUAUAGUGGAGAAACCCAAGUUACCCAAAUCUGAUACGACAAUUACGCCUAAUUUUACCUCGAAUAUCCAACAAAAUUUAAAACGCGGUAUUCAUUCAUGCAAACCGUAUGCUGGCAAAGAUGUGUACGCACCACCACGUAUCAACGAAGUGAAGGAAGCUAGCACGUAUUGUGACGCUACGCCCGGACAGGAUUUGACGUAUGCGGGUAAUCGAUGGCAAGGUUUACGAGUAUAUUGA